CCACAGAGAGAAAAAAAAAACAAAAAGGAGGAAAAAAGAUCCGAGAAAAAAUCCAAACAAACCCACGCCGAGAGACUGGGCAGCAUGAGGUCCAAAGGCAGGGCACGGAAACUGGCCACGAGUGACGGCGAUGAUGAGUUUGCCCUCUACUCGUCCGACCUCCUAGAUGAUGUGUGUGGCUCCGAUGGCGAUCCCCUCCCUUCCUCGGCCCUGGUGGAGGACCCAGUGUCCCCUCUGCUCUCCGACGAUGAGUCUUCGCCUCAGGACCCCUUGUCAUUCCAACACCCGAGCUUUUUCUGCCCAGAAGAAUUGACCAUUCCGCUGGACUUUGAGCUGAGGGAGUCGGUGGUUCCAGGCGGAGGCCUCGGCAUCUGGAGCCGCAGGCAGGUAAACGCCGGGGAGCGCUUUGGACCAUACGAAGGAGAGCGCAGGCCUUGUCUCCGCGACCCCACUCAAGGCUGGGAGAACCAAGCUCUUGAAGAGUCGCUGACCAUGCAGUUCACCAAGCGAAAAGGAGAAAGAGCCACUCUCAGUCCUGGGGAAAAGCCCCUUAAUCCCCGAGCCCCCUACCACAUCCCAUCCACUGUCAGCGGAGAUGGCCCUGCCCACAGCAGCGCUUAG